ACCAAACUACCUCUCUUUUCACUCGACGGGAGCCUUGGAAGAUCUCUCCUUUUCUUCUCUCACCACACUCAGGACUUCGUACCCGGAAACUGAUUUCUGGGUCGCCCAGAAACCGAUUAUCGAUCGCCGGGAAACCACCUCCGGCGGUCGUAAUGGCGGGGACUGUGGUGGUUUUUGACUUUGACAGGACGAUAAUCGAUGGGGACAGUGAUCGCUGGGUUGUUACAGAAAUGGGUCUGACCCAGGUGUUUGAAGAGCUUCGCCCUACUUUGUCUUGGAACUCAUUGAUGGACAGGAUGAUGUUGGAGCUUCAUUCACAAGGAAAGACUCCCUCAGAUAUUGUUGAGUGCCUGCAAAAAGCUCCAAUACAUCCACGUAUUGUUGCAGCCAUCAAGUCUGCCCAUACUCUUGGAUGUGACCUGAGGAUAAUCAGUGAUGCAAAUCAGUUCUUUAUUGAGAUGAUAUUGGAACAUCAUGACUUGUUGGGAUGCUUUUCACAAAUCAACACAAACCGGACAGUUGUAGAUGAAGAGAAAAGACUUAGAAUUUUCCCUUAUCAUGACUUAAGCUCACCCCAUGAUUGCAAUCUGUGCCCAUCAAAUAUGUGCAAGGGCCUGGUCAUUGACCAAAUCCGAGCUUCUGCAACUGAAGGUGGGAAGAGAAGAUUUAUAUAUCUUGGAGAUGGAAGUGGAGAUUUUUGCCCAACUCUAAGGCUUUCCAAAGGAGAUCAUGUCAUGCCAAGAAGGGACUAUCCACUGUGGAAGCGCAUUUGCAGCAACCAAACACUUGUCAAAGCCAAAAUCCAUGAAUGGAGCAAUGGGGAGGAGCUUGAAAAGAUCCUUCUUCAUCUCAUCAACAAAACAACUACCAAAGAAAUCACUAUUGACAAUGGAAAUUACUUGGGACACUAAAUCUUGGAAAAUCAUCUCUUAAUGAGUUUUUCUUUGUUCUGUGACUUGUUGAUUCAUCGGCUGAGUCAGACAGGUUUUCUUUGUAUUAAGAACUACUUUUCAGAUUGAUAAUUAUGCAAAGACACAAUCCAUAACACACAAAUGAGAGAUAGCAAAAAGAUGAAGAGAGAAAAGGGAGGCUAGAAUGUAUUGCAAAAAUAGAGAGAAUGUAUUCUAGGUUACAAAACUAAUAAGCCAAGCCUUUUAUGUAAGGCAAAAGAUAUAAAAUAACAAUAAUUAAGAAAAGACUAAAAUGCCCUCAAAUAAUAACUCUAACACAGAUGUAUCGGCCAACAUUUUCCUAACUGACAAGUACUUCCAGGCUAUGAUGGAGACAGACUGAAUGUGUUAGGCACAUGUUUAGGUAUCUGACCCUCCAGUUUAGGAACUAUUAGUUAAAAGUUGGACCAUGAAUUUCUUGUCGUUCUUCCAUUAUUUGUUUCUGAGGAAAUAACAGAAAUAUCUUUUAGGCCAUUUCAUAGAAUAAAAGAAAACCUUUCCUUUAAAUGUACUAAUCAAAGUGAAUGUACUCUUUCGGAAUAUUAUCUUCUCUUUGGUUUGAUUAAAUGGAAAGGAAUUAUGCUGCCUUGGUGGAGAUCCACACCAAAUCAA